GCCUCAGUGACUGUUGCUGACAUCAUAACAGCUCUGCAGGAGCGGUACAGCACGCUAAAACCGAUUUCGUGCCAGAUGUAUCUUCUCUAUUUUGUCAAAACCUCAAGAUGGACCUAGCGAUAGACGACUGUGACGCACGAAUCAUUCGCUACUACGAAAGCUUCAAUGCCGUCGUGGAAGACAAUAUCCUGUAUGGCCUGCUUGGCGCGGACAAUGUGACUGAAGCCGGUCGCAAACGCUGCAUAACGGCUACCACCUAUUGA